AUGACUAACAACAACGAAGGCAAGGAAGCGAAUGGGCGAAUUGGUAGCCAGCGUGGAGAGGUAAAAGACGGCAUUGGCUCCAUCCAGCCCCAAGCAUCGUUUAAACCACCAGCACCGCUUAAAACAGCAGAGGCCGACCAACAGCGCACUAUCGAAAACGGCGGAAGAACCAGUGGCCGCCGUAGGGUAGUGUGGAGCAGCGGCAAGGUGCCACUUUAUUACACAAAGGCAGAGAUUUUCGAAGAUAUGUUGCCACGUGUAAUGGACGAACUGGCGUCGGUGACGACAAGCAAUGGAUCAAAAGAUGCGACUGAGGAUAUGGCAUCAAGAUUCGAAAUAGCCAGAGAACAGAUGAGUAUUCAUCAGUGGCAAGGGAACAAAGUAAAUAUGUCCACAAGCAAGGUUCCCCCUCAAACGAUGACGACGACGACGAUGAAAACGACGUUGGCGGCAGCAGCAGCAGCUGGUAAUCCGUGGCAUACGGAUAAAGUAACAAUGAACCCGGAAGCGCUGGAGGACAACAGUCUUGCCGAGUAUGUGGAAAUUAUGAACAGCGGAAUCUUUAAAGAACAAGGCUUCGAAGAAAGCCUUGAAGAUCAAGAACUUCUACCUGUGCGAAAGCAGCCGCAAUCGGUUGGAGUAAAAAACACAAAUGGAGUACAUUACAUUCAGUUAGAGAGUAAACAUAAACUGGGUGACGGUGUGAAUGACAGUUUAGCGAUCGACCGGGUCAACGGUACUUCGGCUCUCAACAAAGGGCACAACGAAUCGAUCACAGCUUCCUUUGAUCGGGGCAGAUUGAUGGCUAAAGGAACUGCAAAUCUGAAUGAUACGACCAACAACGAAGAUGCCUCCGAUGUUUCAUCGGUUAACCACAUCUACUGCAAAAAACAAAACACCGGCGCAGUCUAUACACGUCAGAUUAACGACAGCUUCCACCAAGACGUCAACCUUAACGAUGAAGACAUAUCCGACCAUAGUGUUCGAAAGGAUAAGACUGACGAAGAAGACGACGGACCAAGAAGCAAAGACAACGGCAAAUACGGUAACCGCCGAGUCCACUACCUUACCGUCGACUGUUAG